CUGUUUAGCCCUAUCCGUUAGUCCAACCUUCGAUUCAGGGACAUCUUAAGCCUUUAGUUGUGUUUUUUUUUUUUUGUUAUUUUUCGUCCACAUUUGUUUCCCGUUUUUGCUUCGUUUUCUACUUUGAUACGUACUGGUUUGUUCGUUUCUCUUCUGGUUGGUGCCAGGUGAGAAAUCACCCAGCAAACCUUUGUAAACAUGGCCACAUCCAUUACCUCAAUGAAUCCCAAAGAUCGUGAAAAAUUCUUGGAAGAACUCGAAUUUCCCUUUUGUGACGAGGUCAACAAGUACGAAAAAAUGGCCAAGAUUGGACAAGGUACCUUUGGUGAAGUCUUCAAAGCCCGCCACAAAAAGACGAAGAAAAUUGUGGCGUUAAAAAAAGUUCUAAUGGAAAAUGAGAAAGAAGGGUUCCCUAUCACUGCUCUGAGAGAAAUACGAAUUUUGCAGCUGCUCAAACAUGAAAAUGUGGUCAAUUUGAUAGAAAUCUGCCGGACAAAAGUCACCCAGCUCAACAAGUUCAAGUCAACCUUUUACUUGGUCUUUGACUUCUGUGAGCACGAUCUGGCUGGUUUACUGUCCAAUGCAAAUGUCAAAUUUAGUUUAGGAGAAAUUAAAAAGGUCAUGCAGCAGCUUUUGAAUGGGUUGUAUUUUAUCCACAGUAACAAAAUCCUACACAGAGACAUGAAAGCUGCCAAUGUCUUGAUCACCAGAACUGGUGUCCUAAAGUUAGCUGAUUUUGGUCUUGCAAGAGCAUUCAGUUUGAAUAAGAAUAACCAGCCCAACAGAUAUACCAACCGUGUCGUAACCUUAUGGUACCGACCGCCCGAAUUGCUGUUAGGAGAAAGAAAUUAUGGACCGCCUGUGGAUAUGUGGGGUGCGGGUUGUAUUAUGGCUGAAAUGUGGACUCGUAGCCCAAUCAUGCAGGGCAAUACCGAACAACACCAGCUGACGCUGAUUUGCCAACUGUGUGGUUCCAUUGUCCCAGAACUUUGGCCUGACGUUGAAAAACUCGAACUUUACAACAAAAUGGAGCUACCGAAAGGACAAAAACGGAAAGUCAAAGAGCGCUUGAAACCUUACGUCAAGGAUCCUUACGCAUGUGACCUGUUGGAUAAGUUACUGACGCUGGAUCCUUCCAAGAGAGUUGAUGCCGAUGCGGCCCUUAAUCAUGAUUUUUUCUGGACUGAUCCUAUGCCUUGCGAAUUGUCUAAAAUGCUUGGCCAACACGGCCAGAGUAUGUUUGAAUUCCUGGCCCCGCCGCGCCGAGCUGGAAGGCCACAACCUCACCCUGCUUUGCCUCAACCAAAGCCUCAUCCAUCUGCUGAUAGCAGUUACCAAGAUCGCGUAUUUUGAUGGAAGUACAGCGAUUCGUCACUAAAAAACAUUUGGUUUCUCUUAUGAUUCUCUUCCUGCUUCUUUCCCUGCAAUGGAACGACUUUUCCAAGUGGGUUAAUGAUGCUAGCUCGCUCUUUCAAUUUGACUUUCGAUGCCUAUCGAUUUGAAUAUAAAAUUAUUGAACGUGUUGCCAAUGAAA